UUUAUCGACGCCGUUUCUAUGGCCACUACAAAGUUGGGGUUUAUUGUUUGGACGCGGCUUAUAUAGGGGGGCUGGAGCCCCGCAGAUAGAGUCCCGCGCAGCUGCCAGCGCUGCAGCCUCCGGUCCGCGGCUGUCCGGCUCCUCCACUCUCCUCGGCAAAUGGCCCAGCCGGAUGGGGAGGCGCUGCCCGGUGCCCUGGAGAAGGAUGAGGCGCGCUCGGGAGCCAGCACGCCCUCCACGCCGUCUGUCUGCUCCCCGCCGUCUUCGGCGUCCUCCUCUCUCCCGUCGGGGGCCAAGAACAUCUGCUCCAGCUGCGGCCUGGAGAUCUUGGACCGCUACCUGCUCAAGGUGAACAACCUCCCUUGGCACGUCCGCUGCCUCGAAUGCUCCGUGUGCCGGACCUCCCUGCGCCAGCAGAACAGCUGCUACGUCAAGAACAAAGAGAUCUUCUGCAAGAUGGACUACUUCAGUCGGUUUGGUACAAAAUGCGCCCGUUGCGGCAGACAGAUCUAUGCCAGCGACUGGGUCAGGAGAGCUCGUGGCAACGCUUAUCACCUUGCCUGCUUUGCUUGCUUUUCCUGUAAAAGGCAGCUGUCAACUGGAGAGGAGUUUGGCCUGGUGGAAGAGAAAGUCCUGUGCCGGAUUCAUUAUGAUACCAUGAUAGAGAACCUGAAACGUGCAGCAGAGAAUGGUAACGGCAUCACACUGGAAGGGGCAGUCCCAUCUGAGCAAGACAGUCAGCCAAAGCCAGCCAAAAGAGCACGGACGUCCUUCACAGCAGAGCAAUUGCAGGUCAUGCAAGCACAGUUUGCUCAGGAUAACAACCCGGAUGCUCAGACCCUUCAGAAACUGGCAGACAUGACAGGCUUAAGCAGGAGAGUUAUUCAGGUUUGGUUUCAGAACUGCAGAGCGCGGCAUAAAAAGCAUACACCUCAACACACGGUGCCUCCUUCUGGAGCCGCCCAAUCUCGCAUCCCUUCAGUGCUGUCUGACGACAUUCACUAUUCCCCCUUCAGCAGUCCUGAGAGGGCCAGGAUGGUGACGCUCCACAGCUACAUAGAAACUGCCUUCUCGUUCACAGGUCAGGUACAGUGUGGACAAAUGCACUGCCGGCUUCCUUAUGCUGCCCCUCCUGUGCACCUCAAAGCUGACAUGGAAGGACCUCUAUCAAGUAGAGGGGAGAAGGUCAUCCUCUUCCAGUACUGAUGGCAAGCGCUCUUCCUGAUCUCCUGGGGAUGCUUGUGGUGGCACUUCUGCUCAGAGCAUGCCCUUCAAUCCAUGGCAACCAUGGGCUGUCAAGAUGUGGCGAUCCACUCCUAGUGCGGCCCCUUCUACUGAUCUGGCACCUCAGUCGCAACCAAUGUGGCAUCUCUAACAGCUUCUGGUGCUACCAUCUGCUGAACACCAGGCCUUUGUGCACUUGUUGGUUAGUGAAGACUACAGGGCAGUGCCCUCUCUGAACGAAGCAACCGACAAGCCUGCUAUUCAUGCUACUGUUCCUAGAACUGAGGCAAAGGAGACUACUGAAACACAAACAGAGGAUGUAUUUGUCUACCAGCAGCUAACCAUGUCAAGGACAUAAUCCAAAGCAUCUGGGCUAAUUCUAACAUGCCGAUUGCCACUGGUGUAAACCUGUAUAAGAAUCCAGUCUAUUGACAAGCCUGUUCAGCCUUUAUCUACAUUCUGGGAGGCUGAUUUUUGUGAG